AAGGGACUCCCAGAGGCUUGGACUGUGCCAGCUCUAGAAUCUUAGUUGGGGCAUUUGCUACUCCCACCUCUCCAAUGGUGGCUCCAGCCGGACCUCUGACUAAGGCUGGGAUGGGUGGAAGGUCACAUCUGCUCCUGAAUUGCACACCCUCAUGGAGACCCCUCUUGAGAAGGCCCUGGCCACGAUGGUCACCACUUUCCACAAAUAUUCGGGGAGAGAGGGCAGCAAACUGACGCUGAGUAGGAAGGAACUGAAGGAGCUGAUCAAGAAGGAGCUGUGUCUUGGCGAGAAGAUGCAGGAGGGCAGUAUCGAUGACCUGAUGAAGAGCCUUGACAAAAACUGCGACCAGGAGAUCGACUUUAAGGAGUACUCGGUGUUCCUGACCACGCUGUGCAUGGCCUACAAUGACUUCUUCCUGGAGGACCACAAAUGACGGGGCUCAGCCGCUGCCCCGGCCUCUACAGCUCCUUCCGCAGAUGCUCAGCAGCCCUAUCACCCCCUCCCUCCCAAAUGGACCCCGCUUCAGCCUUC